AUGGGCGAAAGGUCGUUGAUGUUCGUCUUCUGUGACCUAUCUGUGAAGAGGGAAGGGAAGUUUAUACUGAGGUACCGAUGCUUCGAUCUAUCAUCAAAGGCCAGCGGGCAGGGAGAGACCCCAGUACUUGCCGAGUGCUACGGAGGUAUAUUCGGAGUGUUCUCAUCCCGUUUCCCCCGUUUGCAGCCCUCUACAUCUCUUACCAAGGUGUUUCUC